AUUGGUGAUGAUAUUGAUCCUCACUGGUAAUGAUAUUGAUCCUUAUUGGUGAUGAUAUUGAUCCUCGUUGGUGAUGAUAUUGAUCCUUAUUGGUGAUGAUAUUGAUCCUUAUUGGUGAUGAUAUUGAUCCUCACUGGUAAUGAUAUUGAUCCUUAUUGGUGAUGAUAUUGAUCCUCGUUGGUGAUGAUAUUGAUCCUUAUUGGUGAUGAUAUUGAUCCUUAUUGGUGAUGAUAUUGAUCCUCACUGGUAAUGAUAUUGAUCCUUAUUGGUGAUGAUAUUGAUCCUCGUUGGUGAUGAUAUUGAUCCUUAUUGGUGAUGAUAUUGAUCCUUAUUGGUGAUGAUAUUGAUCCUCACUGGUAAUGAUAUUGAUCCUUAUUGGUGAUGAUAUUGAUCCUCGUUGGUGAUGAUAUUGAUCCUUAUUGGUGAUGAUAUUGAUCCUUAUUGGUGAUGUUAUUGAUCCUUAUUGGUGAUGAUAAUAAACUUUAUAGGUGAUGAUAUUGAUCUUUCUUAGUGAUGAUAUUGGUGUGUGUGUGUGUGUGUGUGUGUGUGUGUGUGUGUGCUCAGACUCUGAACAUGGUGACGCCCACGCUGCGGGUGGAGGACUGCAGUAUUGCUCUGUUGCCUCGAAACCACGAGAAGAACCGCUGCAUGGACGUGCUGCCCCCGGACCGCUGCCUGCCGUUUCUCAUCACCAUCGACGGGGAGAGCUCCAACUACAUCAACGCUGCACUGAUGGACAGCUACAAGCAGCCAUCUGCGUUCAUCGUUACCCAGCAUCCUUUGCCCAACACGGUAAAGGACUUCUGGCGUCUGGUCCUCGACUACCACUGUACAUCCAUCGUCAUGCUGAAUGAUGUCGACCCCGCGCAGCUGUGUCCUCAGUACUGGCCGGAGAACGGCCUCCAUCGUCUCGGCUCCCUGCAGGUGGAGUUUGUCUCAGCAGACCUGGAGGAGGACGUCAUCAGCCGCAUCUUCAGGAUCUACAACACAGCCAGGCCCCAGGACGGGUACCGUAUGGUGCAGCAGUUCCAGUUCCUGGGCUGGCCAAUGUACCGGGACACGCCCGUCUCCAAGCGCUCCUUCCUCAAACUGGUUCACCAGGUGGACAAAUGGCAGGAGGAGUACGACGGAGGAGAAGGACGCACCGUCGUCCACUGCCUGUAAGAGUACUACCACACAGUACUACAUCUGCACUACAUCAGCACUACAUCAGUACUACAUCAGUACUACAUCGGCUCUACAUCAGCACUACAUCAGCUCUACAUCAGCACUACAUCAGUACUACAUCAGCACUACAUCAGUACUACAUCGGCUCUACAUCAGCUCUACAUCAGCACUACAUCGGCUCUACAU